GAGACGUUGACCGUGCCAACAUGAACAAGGUUCUGAUUGUUGGCGUCACGCUCGUAGUAGCAGUACAGUUCAUGAUGACAGCUGGAUUCCCCACUUCAUGGGCGGCCCCUCCAGAACCUGAAGACGACGGUCACCAUGGCCACCACCACAAUGAUGAAUACGAUCACCAUCAUGACGAUCACCAUGGCCACCACCACAAUGAUGAAUACCAUCACCACCAUGACGAUCACCAUUUCCACCACCACAAUGAUGAAUACCAUCACCAUCAUGACGAUCACCAUUUCCACCACCACAAUGAUGAAUACCAUCACCAUCAUGAGGAUCACCAUAGCCACCAAUACAAUGAUGAAUACGAUCACCAUCAUGACGAUCACCACGGUCACCACCGUGAUGAUCACCACGAUCACCAUCAUGAUGAUACCAACGAUCGUAACAUUCACCAUCGUAAUGACCACCACGAUCGUGACGAUUACUUCCAUCUUGGCUUCCCUCCUGUAGGUUACAUAUGAUGAUCAGUUGUAAUAAACGUCUUCAUUAACAGAGAAAGUAAAUAUUAAGUGCAAUGACCUGCUUCAUGUUUAAUGUAUAUCUUUAGAUGA